AUGCACACUUUAGCAAUUAAAAAAGAAACAAACACGGGCGGGCGCAACACUAUCGACGCUCUGGGGCCCGCGCGAGGGGAGGGGUGCCUAACCUUGGUGUAUGCAGCUGCCCCGCGGAUCACCUGCCUCGGCCGCCAUAUUGCCUUGACAAAAUCGAGCCCAGUACCCGUGGCGACAGAAGCGCUCAGCAACUAUGAAACCGACCCAUUAAAACUGGCA